CUACAGCCUCUUUGACCCGCUUUCCUCACUGUUCACUCCGGAAAUCGGUGAUAACCAAUUUUUAUUUCCUUGCACCUAUUUUGAUACCAUUGUUCGGCUCCAGCUCCGAGGUAUUUCGGCUAUCAGUUACAAUGGGUGCUCUCAGGAAAGUCAAGAACAAGCGCCGCACUAGAGACUACGAUCAAGUCAUCGCGGAUAUCAAAACUACUGGUCACCUCCAGAAGUACAAGGACUCGAAAGAUCCGGAGGACCUGCCUGGUCUGGGCAGGUUCUACUGCACGGAAUGCUCCAAAUGGUUUGAGAGCGACUACAACCUGAAGGCGCACACCAAGGGCAAGAACCACAAGCGGAGACUUCGUAUCCUGCGCGAUGAGCCUCACAGCCAAUUGCUUGCCGAGCGUGCGAUCGGACUGGGUUUAGUCGAUAACGGCAAGCGCGAAGAAAACCCCGACGAGAUGAAGGAGUGAAUCGAAGCUUGAGCUUCGCCUUCUGGGAUAAAAAUCAAACCUUUGCUACGCGACCACGAUCCUCUUUCCAGCAAAUCGACAUACGCAAAUCGACAUACAAAAGUUUCCAGGACAAUACGUCUAGACCCGUUCUGAUGUUGACUUUCCUCAUUCCGUUCAUGCAUAUCGGUGGAGUCUCACGUGAAGCAAUUUUUUUUAUAUUGCCGAUACUCGCCGGGGUUUCGCUCUUCCGUUUUGCGGGUGACUCAAAACCGCCGACCAUCGGCGGAAACGGCAUCUGGGGCGAAAUUUACCCCUUAC